UCUUCAGAAAGUCCCCUUCCAUUCUCUUCGAUUCUCUGCAAACAGCAAAGCAAAACUCCUCCCUCUACUUUCCGUUGACAAUCUGAGGAUUUUAGGGGUUUUUUAGGGUCUGCUUUCGAUGGAAUCUGCAACGACGUCGUCUGGUGAGUCGGAGUUCGAUUACUUGUUCAAGCUGCUGCUGAUUGGGGACUCGGGGGUUGGGAAGAGCACGCUCCUCUUGAGUUUCACUUCCGACACCUUCGAGGAUCUCUCUCCAACUAUCGGUGUUGAUUUUAAGAUAAAGCAUGUCACUCUUGGGGGUAAGAAAUUGAAGCUUGCAAUUUGGGACACAGCUGGACAGGAAAGAUUUAGAACUCUUACCAGUUCAUAUUACAGAGGAGCUCAAGGGAUAAUAAUGGUGUAUGAUGUGACACGAAGAGAAACAUUUACGAAUUUGUCUGAUAUAUGGGCGAAAGAGAUUGAUCUGUAUUCCACUAGUCAAGAUUGCAUCAAGAUGCUUGUUGGAAACAAAGUCGAUAAGGAAAGCGAAAGGACGGUAAGUAAAAAAGAGGGGAUGGAAUUUGCUAGGGAAUAUGGAUGCCUUUUUCUUGAGUGCAGUGCAAAAACUCGAGUAAAUGUAGAGCAGUGCUUUGAGGAGCUUGUCUUAAAGAUAUUGGAAACACCGAGUCUCGUGGCUGAGGGAUCAGCAGGUGUGAAAAAGAACAUCUUCAAGCAAAAAGCUCCUCAAUCUGAUGAAUCAGUAAGUGGCUGUUGCUGAUGGGGACUGAAGUUCAGGAUCAAGAUUGAAUAUUUGCUCGCCGAGUUUCCCUUUGUUUACUUCCUCACAAUAAGCCAUUCGAUUCAAUUUAUGUGAACUCUGUAUGCCUAAUGGAUUUCAAUAUGUUUGAUGUUUCGGUGCGAUUUAAAGUUUACAGACAAGUGUAGAUUUAUGGUUCCAGAGCUCAAAGUUCGGGUUUGAUGUCA